CCCUACACACACACACACACGCACACACACACACACACGCACACGCACACCCACAUUUGGAUUCAGUUGCGCAGAGCACAGAGAGGAUGGCAACAUUGUAGCGGGGGAACUGACCGUGACCACCGCGAGCAGCACAGCAUGAGAGGACGUUGUGACCGCGGACGGCGUGCGAGUAGCUUCGUUUCGACGGAAGAACGCCGCUAAAUAGGUAAACUUCGUAACAGCAUGAAGGCGUCUGGUCUGUCAAGUUCCAGCUAGCGGAUUGAGCGCCGGAUCCAGGACCGUUGACAGGAUGAACUGAGACGUUGCGCGCAAGAGUUUUGCCACGGGCACGCGUGUGGUUUGACCUCUGCGGGAAUUAUUUCUGAGACAAACAGCCUGGUGAGGAUGUAUCGAUGAAGAAUGUGACCGCGCCUGACUCUCUCCGAACGGGGUGGAUGAAGCCGUCGGCGGUGUCAUGCGUCUUGCCCCGCAGCCAAGCGCGCAACCCUUGCGGCUCGUAGUCCUGCUCCUCCUCGCCGCGGCGGUGAGCACGUCCCCGGUGCUCUCCACGGGCUGCCCGGACAGGUGCGUGUGUGAUGACCAGCUGGUGGUCCAAUGCGCUGGGCAGCACCUGACCACCUUCCCGGUCAACUUGCCGUUGGCCACGCGGCAGCUCAUCAUCUCCAACAACCGCAUCGUGGAGCUGCCGCCGCUCGCGCUCAACUACCUGUCUGACCUGGUGUACCUGGACUGCAGCAACAAUUCCCUCACGGAGAUAUCCGAGUCCACGUUUGGGAACCUACGGAAGCUGGCCUACCUGGACCUCUCGUUCAACACCUUGAUCCGGAUCGAGGACAGGACGUUCGGGCCCUUGGCGAGCCUGGUGAUGCUGAGGAUGACGGACAACCCGGGGCUGUCGGAGAUUCACCAGGACGCCUUCGUGGAAAACGCGGCCCUCCAGGUGCUGGACGUCAGUCGGAACAACCUGACGGCGGUCAACAUCACCUCCCUGAUCGCGCUGCCCACCCUGCGCUCGGUGGGGCUCAGCGGAAACCCGUGGAGCUGCGAGUGCGACAACGAGGACUUGUGCCUGUGGGUCCACCUGGAGGGCUUCAAGUUCCAAGAUGAGGGCCAGACGGUGUGCGGCUCCCCCGCUGACUUGCAGGGUCGUCGUCUGGGCGAGGUGGGCCUCCAGCUACGGACGUUAUGUCACCAGACUCUGGGCUCCUGGGACUACCUCUUCUUUGUGGUCAUCGGCUUCGUCAUCUUCGCCGCUGGCACCGUGUCGGCCUGGGUGAUGGGCAUCGUCAUGGUGCUCUACGAGCGCUACGUCAAGAAGAAAGGCGAGCAGCUCGAUCCGGAGGACGAGGAGGAACCCGCCGACACGGGUCGCAGCUUGCGAGCCAGGAGUGACCAUGGCAACGGGAAUUUGAAAACGUCACAAACUGUCUGAAAUGUCUCACCCCCACACCCCCCACCCCUCCCCUCCCCUUUCCCCGUCGCUGAUUCCCACAGUGCCUCCUGUCAACUUCCAGGACUGUCAUGAAGUCCAAUUAGACUGCGGCCCAACAGAGUCUGUUUAACAGGCUCAGCUGGCUCGGACAGAAGAAAGAGGAUUCAACAGAGAUGAGGUCAUGUGCAGUUGAUGUAACGCACCUUCUGGAUGCCACUAUGGAGGUUCCCCGGCAUUUGGGUAUUACUGACGGUGUAUGCAAAUGCCGGACCGUUCGAUGUGGUUUGUUAUUUCGUCCUUUUCUAACGGGAUGCCGUUUAGGCUUGUGUGACAGCAUCAAUGCUCACAUUCACCAACGUGUAGUUCAGAUGUUGUUUGGUGACCAAUCACCAAAGGUUGGAUGAGAGGAUGGAUAACAGCUUUAUUUAUCUUCUCAUCCAACUACAGGGAAGGCAGCAAAUAAGAGAGUUUUCCCAACAUGUUUAGACAUUCUUUUGAUCCCCAUCCGGAUCCAGCUGUGACCAAAAAAGGAGAAACAGGUACAUGACGCAAUUUGUCUGUACCUCUAAUUUUACAAAUUAGAUAGAUGCCCACGUCACCAGUCAAUAUAACAAUAUAUUUCUUGACCCUACUUAAAUAGCUUUGUUUUCAAAGGAAAACAAUUCCCAGUUGAGCUGCAUAAUAAGCACAGCAGAUAUAUUGGCUUCACGGCUACUAUGUGAGAUGUAAAGUUGUGUGGUCAUUCUGCUUUAUACUGAAAGACGAGGGAUCAAAUGCAUUUACAUCAUUUUGAUUACUAAAUGUGUCCACACGCAUGCACUCACUGGUGUGUAACAUGUAGCUGCACAUUUUGACUGAGCUUCUGCAGAUGUGAGUGUGUCCAUCUUUGGUCCAGUGACGUGUGGUUUUAUGCUGAUUGUCCAGCUCCCUCUUCUGUCACGCCCAGCAACAAACUGCAGUUGAGGCGUUUGUGUUGAAGAUUUGUUUGUGUUAACGUCUGGUUUGGCAGUGAGCCCUGCUCAAUAGCAAGUAAUCAGGAGAAUGUAAAAAUUGGUUCUACUUCAGCCUUUUUUUGGGGGUUUGAUUUGUUUUGUUUAUGCAUGCACAGUCGAUGCAUUAAAAAGCCUUAUGAGGUGUGUACAAACUAAUUCAAGUAAUUAAAGGAAACUGGAUUUUUAUACACAUGAUCCUAAUUUUUAUUAUUUGAGUCAUUCUUUAAAAACAAAACAUCCAUGCUUCUAAUUUCUUAGUGAGUUUAAUUAAUUAAUAACAAUUUGGACUGAAGUCCAAAGCUGCCAUUUAAUGAAUUUACAGUUUUAGAGCAAUAAGAAAACUACUGCUGUAAGGAACAAUUUGGUUUUCAGUCCACAAUGGUAAAUAUCCACACCUGUUUUGUUUUGCCUCCGGUUUGCAGCAUCCAACAGCCGACGGUCCCACGUCACAAACCUCCUCACUUGCACUGACAGUGACUGUUACAAACUUUGAAAGGAGCAAGAAAAGGAUCCUCGGUGGACCAGAGAAACCAAUAGUUAGCCGCUCCGGUGCGCCAUUCUGUCUGUGUGUAUUUAAUCAGUGCAAUCGGUUGUGUUUUAGAAUAAUUGUCGUACUUGUCUUAAGAGCAACAUUGACCGUAUGAGGGAUCUGAGAUGGGGGGCAUUGUCUCACAAUGAUUGGACCAGCUGUUUGUUUUAAAAUAUUGUACAGAUUUGACUUCUUCAUAAGUUUUAUCGUUGCAGGACGGUUAUCACUGUCGCUUUGACAAAAGAAAAGAAAAAAAUCUCAAACAGGCUAGCUGGUUUUGGCCGUUUUGAGUGGAGUUUACACUUUCUCCCUGUGUGGGUUUUCUCCACGUCCUCCUGCUUCCUCCCACAGUUCAAAGACAUACAGGUGACUCGUAGGUGGAAAAAGUACUAUCACAGUGGAAAUCUGCCAUCCCAAUGUGAGGGAAAAAGUUCCCUAUGUCUGUCCCUAUGCACCUGCUCGUUGCCCAAUGUCAGCUGUGAUUGGCUGCAGCCCCUCGCAACCCUGUAGGCAGAAGCAGUCACGAAUGAUUGAUAAAAGGCAAUAAUAUUAUGAAAGUGUGGCAAAUGAUGGAUGUAUGCAACCCCUUUUUUCCUGUAAUGAUAGCGACAUCUUGCAGCUGCGCAAGCAAGGUAGAGAGAAAAGCACAUGUGUAGCUAAUAAAAAUGAUGAAUGAUGGCUGAAUUGAAUUUAGUUUCAAUUUUAGAUUAUUUUGGAUGCCGGCUCACUUUCACACUAUCAUGGCUUACUGUAACACUUGAAUAAAACCGAGCCAUUGGUAAUGUUGUGAGUAACACCUGUGCUUUUUCUACAAUGCAAAAUAUUUAAAACACCUAUUGUAGUGGCUUUUUGCAAUUUUCAUUCAUUAUAAAAUGUGGUGAGGAUAAAGUGGCUGCAAACAAUCUGCUUUCUUACUGUUAUGUGAUCUGCAACACUGCUGAGAAACCUUUCUUCACACAUCCACUGGAGCUUGUGUGUGCACAUUGUUGGGAUUCGUCCAAAAUGAACUACAGAUAUACAGGUAUUGGCUUCACUAACUGUUCGUCAACAAUGACGGCUGCAUCACAUUUAGGCUUUCAGGUUCCAGGGCCCUGGUUUCAUGCAUCGCGUCAUGCCCGCGUAAUGUUGACAUGUGUACUGUGAAAGACGUCAAUUGCAAAGUUUUUCCUUUUUGCAGUUUGUAAACAAUCUGUUGUUUGAGAAGAGGAGUCUUUCAGUAUGGGGGAAAUUAUUUUUAAAUUACAACACCACUAUUGUAACUUUGUGCGUACGUCUGUGUCUUACACUCCCAUGUCAUAUAAGGGAGUGACUCAUGGCAAUAUGCAUAUACAUGCACCAACCUGAACAUACCUACUGGCAUAGUGACCCAUGUACUGUGCCUGUAGGUUGCUAUUAAACAGUAUGCUGAGAUGCU